AUCAACACCGACAUCCUCGAUUAUUAUGCAAAUGCGCCCCAACUUCUUUUCCCAACCCCCUCGGAACUUCUUACAGACCUUUCAACGUCAUCUGUUCCGAUCUCAAGCUCCUCGUCCUUGCCCCACCCGACACAGCGCGAGCAGUCUCAGAGCAGCGAACGCAGCAAUGAGCAUCCUGCCUCGGCUGUACCUAACACGAGUAAGACAGAGAGUCAACGCAAGGCACGACAACGUGCCGUUGCCGAAGAGAUAGGGUUCAUUCCUACCGAUCCUGAUACUAUUUCAUCGCACGAGAAAAAGCGGCACUAUCUGGAAUGUCUGGAACAUUAUGUUUUGUAUUUGCACGAACAACUGCGUCUGGUCAAUACGCUUCCGCUUGAUCUUGAGCGUGUUUCUACCUAUCGGGGUUUGAGCUCUCGCAGCAUCAGGACAUUGCUCGUGCACAUGCAAAACACCAAUCGCGGGCUUCAUGAAAAUACGCUGGAAGAGGAGCAGGUGUUUUUGGAUCUGUCUGCCGAGGUGAUGGCAGCG